AUUAACCCCUCCGAAGAAAAAAAGAUGCCCCGCCACGGCCCAGGCGUGGAAAGCACAGGAACAUUCCGUGUUAGGACGUAUAACUUUUUUUUUCUUAUUUAUUUCCGUUACUCAGAGUAAAGGGAUUGAAUGAACCGAUAAUAUACCCCACGUUAUCCUCCGAAUCGUAACCUUACGCUCAAUCCGCUCCGAAUAUAUACUAGCAACAAUGUCAACGGAUGAUCAGCCUGUCGCUAAGGAGGAGGUCGCUGAAUCCCAGUUUCAGAAGCCGGGAGACCUCGUCGAGAGAAAUGAGGAAACUGGUGUCAUGCAGGUGGAGAGUUUGUGCAUGAACUGCCACGAGAAUGGAACCACUAGGUUAUUGCUUCUCCGAGUGCCCUUCUUCCGCGACAUUAUUCUGGAGUCUUUUGAAUGUGAACAUUGCCAUACGAAAGACAACUCCGUCAAGUCCGCCGGACAGAUCCAAGAGAAGGGCUCGGUAUAUACCCUCGAAGUCGAGAACGAAGAGGACCUCCAACGGCAGGUUAUUCGAAGCGAUGUUUCGAUUUUCAAGGUUGAGUCAUUGGGCAUUGAGAUGCCCAAGGGUGAAAGUCAGUUGACUACUGUGGAGGGUGUCAUUCAGAAAAUCCACGAAUCACUCUCCAGCGAGCAGCCUCUGCGAAAGGUUCAGGCACCCGAGCUGCACGACGCACUCCAGCCGAUUAUCGACAAACUACAGAAGAUACUGGACCGCGAGGGAUACCCAUUUACCGUUUCUCUCGAUGAUCCAACCGGUAACUCUUGGAUUGCUCCUACGACCCAGGACACCGGACGCAACUACAGGCGUCGUGAUUAUGCCCGUACGCAUGAACAGAACGAAGAACUUGGAAUUUCUGCCGAUCCUGAAGCUGUCAAGACUGAGGGAGAGGCAUUUGGAAACCCCGAGGACUUGGAUAUUAUUGACGGAAAGGUUUACAGUCUUCCCGCCGAGUGCCCCGCUUGUUCCAAGAACUGCGUUGUCAACAUGCAGAAAGUUGACAUCCCAUACUUCAAGGAAGUAUUUGUUUGGAGCAAUGUCUGUGAUCACUGCGGCUACCGCUCUAGCGAUGUAAAGACCGGUGGUGAAGUCCCCGAGAAAGGAAAGCGCAUUACACUUAGUGUGGAGUCUAUCGUGGAUCUCCACCGCGAUAUUUUGAAGUCCGAUACUUGCGCACUACUCAGCGAGGAGCUCGAAGUCACAGUCCAACCCGGAACUCUAGGUGGACGAUUCACAACCGUUGAGGGACUUCUCACUGAAAUCCGUGACCAGCUGAAGGGUCAGAUCUAUGAUAUCGAUGACUCUACACAAAGCGGAGGUGACAGCAUGGCGGAAUCAGACAAGGACAAGUGGGCCCGCUUCUUCACUCGUCUUGAUUCAGCCAUCAAGGGCGAAAUGAAAUUUGUGAUUACGCUCGAAGAUCCCAUGGCCAACAGUUACGUUCAGGACUUGUGCGCCCCAGAGCCUGACCCUCAGAUGAAGACUGAGGACUAUACUCGCACGGAAGAGGAAGAAGAGGAGCUUGGUCUUAAGGACAUGAAGGUUGAGGGAUACGAGGACGAGCAGAACAAGGACAAGAAGGAUGAAGCGGAAAACAAGUCAUAAUCUAACGAUACCCACAUAGACACUUUGUUGUCUCUAUUUUAUGAUCUUUGAUUCUUGAUGUGUUUAUGAUAUCUUGGCCUUUUGUGAGCAUGGUGAUGGUGCGUUUAUAUUUAUUUAUUUGAUUCAGCAUGAGGCUCUAUUGCUUGUUUACUUUCUAGAAGGGGGCUAUGAAGCAUUUUGACGGGGGCUGUGAUUAUUAUGUUAUGGGUUAAGUUAGGGUACGAAAAAGUGGUUUUUAGAUGUCAUGAAAGAAGUCAAGAAGUUCCUAUCAUUUUUCAACUCGCAUAAAUGGAUUAUUUACCAUAUUUCCUGAUAUGAUUGUUGAUAUUCC